AAAAUAUCAAAGGCAAAGCCAUCAGCAACAACACAGAAAAUAAAGUUUUUAUCCUGUCAACCUUAUAAGUUCGGUCACGGCAAGAUGCGAAAACAGUCAAAAAAUCAACUGCUGGAUCGGCUACAUCGAGGUGUCGUUUAUACCUGCAUAGGAGUAACGCUGUGGGGCAGCUGGGUGCUAGGAACCCGACUGUACCAUUACUAUACCGUCGUCAAACCGGCUCGAAGAGCGGAAGAACUGCGAAUGCUAGAAGCUGGCGCUAGUACGGGACCGGCUCUAGCUUCCGCCACCGGCGGCCAGUUGGAUACGGCUCCGACCCUCAGGUCAUAGGAGUUAUUCGCCACACGUUUUAGCUGCUAGAUUAUGUAAUGAUAUAAUAAAAAAAUUACUCUUAC